AGAUCCCCAAAUUAAGGGACUGUUACGUUUUGGUCUCCAAGAACAGACUAUAUAGCACUGCUUUGAGGCUCUCUAGUCUCUUUUAUUAUCAAAUAUGGGUUUUUUGCUAUCAGGUUUUGUUAUUGAUUAGAAAAAAAAAAAAUAUAUAUUUUGCUAGAAGGAAAAUGUGGAGGCUGAAGAUAGCAGAGGGUGGCAAAGACCCUUACAUAUUCAGUACAAACAAUUUUCUGGGAAGGCAGAUAUGGGAAUAUGAUCCUGAUGCUGGUACCCCUGAAGAGAAAGCUGAGGUUGAAGAAGCUCGUCAAAAUUUCUGGAAUAACAGAUUUCAAGUGAAGCCCAACGCUGACCUCCUCUGGCAAAAACAGUUUCUUAGAGAGAAAAAUUUCAAGCAAACAAUUCCUAAAGUAAAGGUAGAGGAUGGUGAGGAAAUAACGUAUGAAACAGCAACAGCAGCAUUAAAGAGGAGUGUCCUCUUAUUCUCAGCCUUGCAGGCCACUGAUGGCCAUUGGCCUGCUACAAAUUCUGGCCCUUUAUUCUUCUUACCUCCGUUGGUGUUUGUUCUGUACAUUACAGGUUAUCUAAAUGCAAUGAUCUCCGACGAGCAUCGCAAACAAAUCCUGCAUCACCUAUACUGCCAUCAGAAUGAAGAUGGUGGGUGGGGGCUGCACGUAGAGGGUCAUAGCAUAAUGUUCUGUACAGUUCUCAACUAUCUCUGCAUGCGUAUGCUUGGACAAGGUCCUGAUGGUGGAAGAGACAAUGCAUGUGAAAGAGCACGCAAAUGGAUUCUUGAUCAUGGUACUGCAACUGCCAUACCUUCCUGGGGAAAGAUAUGGCUUUCAAUACUCGGUCUCUAUGACUGGUCUGGAACCAACCCAGUUCCCCCUGAGUUUUGGGCAAUCCCAAGUUUCUUUCCACUCCAUCCAGCCAAAAUGUUAUGCUAUUUUCGGAUGACUUAUCUGCCCAUGUCAUAUUUGUACGGGAAAAGAUUUGUUGCUUCAAUAACACCUCUCAUUUUGGAAUUGAGAGAAGAGAUCUUCAACCAACCUUAUCAUGAAAUCAAUUGGAAGAGUUUGCGCCAUUUAUGUGCAAAAGAGGAUCUCUACUAUCCUCGUACUUUUGUUCAAACAUUGGUGUGGGAUGUUUUAUAUAAUUUUACAGAGCCUUUGCUUACUCGUUGGCCCUUCAACAAAUUAAGAGAAAGAACUCUUGAGAAAACAAUGAUCCAUUUACAUUACGAAGAUGAAAUCAGUCGCUACAUUACUAUUGGUUGCAUAGAAAAGCCGCUAUUUAUGCUUGCUUGCUGGAUUGAAGAUCCUAAUGGAGUAUAUUUUAAGAAGCAUCUUGCAAGGUUCUGGGAUUUCAUGUGGGUUGCUGAAGAUGGAAUGACUGCUCAGAGUUUUGGUAGUCAGGUAUGGGAUACUAGUUUUGCCCUCCAAGCUCUGCUGGCUAGCAACCUGUCUGAUGAAAUAGGGCAUACACUCAAGGACGGACACAACUUCAUCAAGAAUUCUCAGGUUUCCGAGAAUCCUCCUGGAGACUUCAAAAGCAUGUUCCGCCAUAUCUCAAAAGGUGCAUGGACCUUCUCUGAUAAAGAUCAUGGAUGGCAAGUUUCUGAUUGCACUGCAGAAGGCUUGACCUGUUGCCUACUUUUCUCAAUGAUGCCAACAAAAAUUGUUGGUGAGAAAAUGGAACCUGAGAAGUUAUUUCAUGCUGUUAAUGUCAUACUUUCUCUUCAGAGUAAAAAUGGCGGUUUGCCUGCAUGGGAGCCGGCACCAUCAACUUUUUGGAUGGAGUGGCUCAAUCCUAUAGAGUUUUUUGAGGAUGCUGUCAUUGAGCAUGAGCAUGUGGAGUGCACUUCGUCAACUAUCUAUGCUCUGGUUCUGUUCAAGAAGUUGUAUCCACAUUACAGAAAGAAGGAGAUCGAAAUUUUCAUCACAAAGGCUGCAGAGUUCAUUCAAGACAUACAGAGGCCUGAUGGCUCAUGGUAUGGAAAUUGGGGAAUCUGCUUCACAUAUGGCACAUGGUUUGCUCUCAGAGCUUUAUCUGCUGUUGGCAAGACAUACCAUAAUUGCUCAGCUGUGCGUAAAGGAGUGAAUUUUCUGCUGAAAUCACAAAGAGUGGAUGGUGGCUGGGGAGAAAGUUACCUUUCAUGCCCGAAAAAGGAAUACGUACCUCUUGAAGGCAGUAGGUCAAACUUGGUACAUACUGCAUGGGCUUUGAUGGGUUUAAUUCAUGGAGGGCAGGCGGAGAUAGACCCUGCACCCCUGCAUCGUGCUGCAAAGCUGCUAAUCAAUUCACAAACAGAACUCGGUGAUUUUCCCCAACAGGAAAUUUUGGGAGUUUUCAUGAGGAAUUGCAUGUUACACUUUGCAGCUUAUAGGAAUAUUUUCCCCCUGUGGGCUCUGGCAGAAUAUCGCCACCAUGUUCCAUUGCCUUCUGAAAGAAUUUGAAUAAGAAGGUUUACGUUGCAAUAAAUAAAGUUU